AGACUCAGGUGAGUCCACCCAUAGGAAUAACUUUGAAAAAAAUCACCUUUUGAAAGUCCCCCAAUUUAUCUGAAUGACAUAGACUACGUUUCGGCUAUAAAAACUCUUGUUACAUUGUCAAUCAUCACACUACACACGGCCUAACCCAGCAGCUGCAUAGAAGUCCUAGCCAACUAAAGGAAAACUCAUCCAAAGUCACAACAAUGAAGUUAACCAUGAUCCUAAGUGUGCUAGUUGUGCUGGCAUCCUUGGCCCUGGCACAGCCUGUAACGCCAGAGCCAAUAGAGCUCAAGGAUCUAGAGCCGACCGACGGACGGGCUGCUCAGGAAGUGGAUCAAGCAGAGACCGACUCCGAAGGGCCAUCAGACGUAGAGGCAGCUGUUGCCCAACUCUUACGCCAGGAGGAGGCACAGGAUGUGGCGGCAACCGAGUCACACAGCCGCCAGAAACGCGCCGCCUGUCGUUGCUACAGACGUGCUCGCAAUACUAUCGUAUGCUAUUGCCGAUAGAGGGCGUCUUUAUAGUAAACCAAUUACUCACAUAAAUAUAUCAAUAUUAAA